AUGGAAUUUUUUAUUCACUGGACUUGGUUUGUGGCCUUUUUCUGUAUUCUUGAAAAAGGAGAUGUAGUUUGGUGCACAUGCUCAAUGAACAGUACGCAUUUUAAAGGUGGUAAUUUCACUUUGUCAAAUGGACUAAAUGACGGCAGUAUCCUCCAGUAUCAGUGCAAAAAUGGGUUUUACCCUUAUCCUGAACUCUCAUAUAGAUGUCAACUGAACCACCGCUGGACGCCUGAACCAAAAUCAAAACCAAGAUGUAAUUUGGUUGAAUGUCCAGAUCCAACUGUUCUCAAAAAUGGAUAUACUUUACCAAUACAUGAAAACAGGAGCGCACAUGUUUGGCAAAUGGGAAGUGGAAUGGGUCAAAUCCAGUUUGUCAACAUGAUUCUGGAGAUUGUCUCGACCCUGGUGUCCCCCCUGGUGGUAUAA